AUGCUUCGACGGCGACGACGUCUUCCUCACUCUGUCGUGCGGCUCGUCCUCGUCCUGCUGCUCCUCGGAAGCAGCACCAGCAGCAGGCACACCGCCGGCAAACUCACCGCCGCAUUGUGUGCUGCGUGGCCGCCGUCGCCGGCGGCGAGGGAAGCAGCAGGCGUCGUCGUCGUUCGACUGCCGGACGUGUGGGCGGGAGUUCCCGACGUUCCAGGCGCUGGGCGGCCACCGGACCAGCCACCUCAGGCGGCCGACGACGACCAAGAAGAAGACGCGGUCGUCAAAGGCGGUGCUGGUCCACGCAUGCGCGGCGUGUGGGCUGGGCUUCUCCACGGGCCAGGCCCUUGGCGGCCAUAG